CAUGAUGGGGCUUUUACCCAGACGUCAAUGCGCCCUCAUCUGCCAGGGUUUUGGGCCCAAAACUCAUCAAUGAUGUCACCGAUGUCGAACCCCAUGAUGUCACCCAUGUCCAACCCCAUGACUCCUAUGGGGUCUAAUCCUAUGAUGUCCCCUAUGGGCGGGGCCCCAGGAAUGACCCACACAAAGAUGAUGUCACCAUGGGUUCACAAAACCCCAUUAACCCCCAAAGUGCCCCAACUUCUGCCCUGUCAAAUAUGUCCAAUGGUACAGCUUCUCACGCCAACAAAACUGCUUCCAAUAAACCCAACACGUGGUCAAACAUGAAGGGAGUUGACAUUAGUCUCGAUACUUUAGGAAAGUCAAAACCAAAACUGGUUCAACCGUCAAUGAAUCAGUUACAAGGAGGUUAUAAUCAACCACAACAAAUGCCUAUAAACACUGCAAUGGCAGGAAUGAACAUAAACCAACCCAAUAUGAUGUCACAACAACAACCCAAUAUGAUGUCACAACAACCCAAUAUGAUGUCACAAACACAACCAAAUAUGAUGUCACAACAACAAAUGAUGAUGAUGCAACAACAGAAAAUGAUGAUGUCAGGUAUGGGGAGUGGUUACGGUAUGCAGAUGGGCAUGGCAGGGUCAGGGGGUAUGGGGCAACAAGGCAUGCGACCUAUGGGUAAUAACUCUAUGUACCCGAUGAACAAUAUGACAGGGGUGCAACAGCAGCCUUACGGAGGGUUCAUGAAGUAAAUUUACCCCCAAAUACCCUUUCACUAGUUGCCUUCUAUAGUGGAUUCUGUUUUCACAACCAAACAAGAAGCAAUGUAUAUACGACACCACAGCAAGAACUUUCCUUGUAUACAAUAUUGCUGUUAGCCAUUUUCAUAAAAAGUGAUGCCAUUUUAAAAUCUUAUAUCUAAUUUUGCUGCACAUAUAUAGGAUUUGGUCAUCACUGCUAGUUAUAAAGCUAAUACAAUAAAACGUUACCAAUAUUUGCAAAGGUACGUCAACUUUUAUUAUGUACAGAAAUAUCAAUAUAUCACUCCAGUAAAAAAAUACGAAGUUACAUUAUUAAACCAAUGCAAUAUAUAGUAGGGUGGGGAAGAUGGGACACCUUUUUAUUCCAUUUUCUCGUCCCAUUUGGUAGCAAACAAAAAACAUUCAAAGAAUUAUAAAACCGUAUUCUCACGACUCCUAUAGACAAUUGUUAAUUGUUUAAAACAUGAUUAGGAUACUUGGAUAUUAUGUGCUAAAGGUGUCCUGUCUUCCCCCACCCUACUAAAUCAUACGAACUGUAAACCCAAGGUCAAAAUACCAAAUAUGCAUAUUCAUAGCAAAAAGAAACUGCAUUUUGUCCCAAAAAUAUUUGAAUAAAACCCAUAGUGUAAUUUCAUUAUUUCGAAUACUUUAAUUUGUUUAGUAUUUAUGCUGUUGUACUUAGAUGCAUCGCCUUUUACUAGAUUUAUUUGUUGAAUUAUCACUAGUGUGUGUGUUAUAUGUAUACUUAAUUGUGUAGUUUCAAUACGUUUCGAAAGUCCGUCUUAAUUGUGGUGUUUUUUGGUCAAAUUUCUUUUUAAAUUUAACUUUAAUGUCUUUAACCAAUUAAUUUAGACCAAAAAAACUGUUUUUAGCCAAUUAUUAACUGUACAAAAGUCCUAUUUUGAGCUCAACAGUUUUUACUGGUUCAAGUGCUCAUCAUAUUGCUGACCUACCUGUUUUAAUUGAUAUAGUAGGGUGGUGGAAAGAUGGGGCACCUUUUCAUUCUAUUUUCACAUCUUAUUUGGUAGUUAACAAAGAACAUUCAAAGAAUUAUAAACCGUAUCCUCACGACUCCUAUAGGCCGUUUUUAUUGUUUAAAACACGAUCAGGAUAUUUGGACUUAUGUUCUAAAGGUGUCCAAUCUUCCCCACCCUACUAUAUAUAUAUGAACUAAAUACCCAAUGUCACUUUGUAGUUUACUUGGUGGCUGGUUUUAUCAUAAUCUUCUUGUGUAUAUUUGUCUAUUUUACACCAAUCGCUAUGUAAUUAUAUUAACACUAUAUUAAAGCAGGAAUAAACUACAGGUGUGGGA